AUGUACGAAGGGAUUGACAACCUGAAAUCCCUUUACGACCGUGCCGGGAAGACUUUCUCCGGCGGUCCUUCUGCGGCACAGGAUGUGCCGCGUCGUACUGCUCGACCAGACCCAGUACGUCAACCAUCAAUUGGGAGCGGGGCUCCCAAGAAUCCCAGGACGGGGGAUAGCCGCGCCACCGGACGAGGUAACUCGUCCGACGUCCGUUCACGUCGCGGUGGUUCAACAGCUGCUCAACUAGAUAGCGCUGGCCACCGCGAGAGUCCUCUAAUGGAGGUGGAGGAGGAGGAAAGACGCUCUCCACACGAUCAUGUGGAUCGGUGUGUUCCCGAGAGCUUCUUUGAUCGCGUAACGCAAGGGUUACGCGACGAUCUCGAGCAUGAGCGGAAUAGGCGUCUCCAGAUGGUGGACACUGCCUCGAAGCAUCGAGCUGAGUUUGCCUUUGCUCAGCUUGAGAACGAGAGAUCUCUGACAUCUCUUCGUGACGAGCUAAGGGUAGCUCGUGGGAUUGUUGAUCGGUCUCGGGCUGAGAUAACUGCUCUUCAGACCCUUGUUGAUGCCCACCAUCGGGAGCACAAGGCUCUCUGCGAGAUGCUUGAGCGCAAGGGCGUUCUUCAUCGGAAGAAGCAGCGUACUGAUGGUACGGCUUAA